CAAAAAGGGGCACAGUUACCGAAGGUGGCAGAUCGGAAAGUGGUCCAUCCGUCGACCACGUUGCGGCUCGCUUUCACCACCGUGUUCCCGAUGCCGUCGCCGAUGAUCAUCAGACACUGGUUCAGCAGUGGCAUUGGAUUCUUAUAACUGUCAGGAGCCGCCUCGCGAUCUACCCUCCAAUUUAUUGGACCUGCAGUUAAUCAAAUCCAUUCCCUGUAUCGCCUCCGCGAUGUGAUUGCAAGAUUAUGAUCUCGAAGAACCAAAUCAAGCUUCGGCUACACAAGCUUCAUCUUUGAUUCCCUUCUCCCUGAUCCUGAUCAGACCACGAGCAAAAAUCCGAUUUUUCCGGUCAUGGCGGCGGCAAACCGCUACUUCCAGCGGCCGCUGGAUUCGCUCCGCUGCAAGCUGAAGAAGCCGCUGUUCAAGGACGACGCCAGGGCCAAGAAGCGCCGCCGGGAGGGGUGGUGGAAGUCCGCCCUGCUCUUCUGGAAGCAGAGCCACGAGGCGGCCGCCGGCGGCUCGUCCGACGAGCAGUGGCGCUCCCACGCACAGCUGCCGCCCGUGUACGCCACCGAGAGCGGAGGCCGCGGCGCGAGGCGGCCGAAGGCGGCGCUGCUGCUGGCGGCGGCGGAGGCCGAGGCGGCAGCGGGGAUGGCCUAUCGGAGCCUUAGUGACCCCGGCGGAGGCCACCGGGCGGCGCCCAUCUACAUCGUUACCUGAACCAGAGAUCCUCCCUUCUCUCCCUUCUCUCGAAUUAUCGGAAAACGCUUUUUUUUGCCGGUGGAAUUGUUCCAUUCAAUGUGUUCGUUAGAUUUCUCGCGUCCAA